GAGCCACGACCCUACCCACCCCUGAAGCCCCAACAUCUCUCUUCUCUGGUUUCUUUCUUGCCACUCUCUCCCUCAAGCUCUCUCGCCUCUCUCACCGUCUCACGCCACUCUCGUCUCCGGUGUCUCACUUCUCUCUCGGCCUGGCACUCACCGUUUUAGACUCAGCCAUUCGUCGCGCUCUGUGUUCUCAGUCCUCACAGUCUCAAGCUCAGUUGCCACCAUCCUGCGCUCGGUUCCCCGGCGAAAGAACCAGACGGAACCAGCAUCUGGUCCCUUAGGUGGUGGUCGUUGUCAUCUUCUUGCUUCGGCCGUCAGUUCAGUUGGUCAGCUUCCUUCCUUCGCUGUCAUUUUGUCCCUGAGCAGGAGUAUCUGAGAACAUUGGAGCUGCGAGCCUGUGACGAACUGUUCCCGUGCGUGUGAAGAUGGAUGAAAUGACGUCAUCGAGUCCAACAGUGAGCCAGCGUGACCAGUGGAUGGUUGAGUCGCAAGUGUUCCAGAUUUACCAGCUUUUCGCGACGAUCCCUCCCAACGCCCAAUCACUCAUGUUGGAGCUGCAGCGCGAUAAGCACAUCGAGUUUCUCACCAAAGGCCUUCGCCAUCUCGGUCCCAACUUUUCCGUUCUUGAUGCCAAUCGGCCAUGGCUUUGUUAUUGGAUCAUCCACUCGAUUGCUUUGUUGGGAGAAUCCAUCGACGAUGAACUCCAAGACAACACUGUCGAGUUUCUCAACCGUUGCAAGGAUCCGAAUGGUGGUUUUGCUGGGGGACCAGGCCAGAUGCCUCAUCUUGCCACAACAUAUGCUGCUGUCAAUACCCUUAUUACUUUGGGUGGUGAUAAAUCUUUAGCAUCCAUUAAUAGAGAUAAACUGUAUGGGUUUCUACGGCGGAUGAAACAACCAAAUGGCGGAUUCAGGAUGCAUGUUGAAGGAGAAAUUGAUGUCCGAGCUUGCUACACGGCCAUUUCUGUCGCAAGUGUUUUGAACAUUUUGGAUGAAGAGCUGACCCAGAAUGUUGGGGACUACAUUCUAAGCUGUCAAACUUAUGAGGGUGGCAUUGCUGGUGAGCCAGGUUCUGAGGCUCAUGGUGGGUACACCUUUUGUGGAUUGGCUGCAAUGAUUUUGAUUGGGGAGGUUAAUCGCUUGGAUCUGCCUCGAUUAGUUGAAUGGACAGUAUUCCGGCAAGGUAAAGAGUGUGGAUUCCAGGGGAGAACAAACAAAUUGGUGGACGGAUGCUAUUCCUUUUGGCAGGGAGGUGCUGUUGCACUAUUACAAAGAUUAUAUUCUAUUAUUAACAAACAAAUGGCCGAAGUCUCAAAUAUUUCUGGCAUACCUGAGGAGAAAGUCUGUCUGCAUGGAACCUCCAGUGAUGCAGCAUCCCAUCUCUGGCAUGAAGGCAUGAGUGAAUCCUGUUCAGCUGAUUUUAAGAAUAUAGGUUAUAACUUCAUUAAUGACUGGAGAGCAAAGGAUCCACUGUUUCACAGCAUUGCCUUGCAGCAAUAUAUUCUUCUAUGCGCACAGGAGCAAGAUGGUGGACUUCGAGACAAACCAGGUAAACGCAGAGACCACUAUCACACAUGUUACUGUUUGAGUGGACUUUCAUUGUGCCAGUAUAGCUGGUCAAAGCACCCAGAUUCUCCACCUCUACCUAAGGCAGUGUUGGGCCCUUACUCCAAUCUUUUAGAACCUAUACACCCUCUCUAUAAUGUUGUUUUAGAACGAUAUCGUGAAGCUCAUGAAUUCUUCGUUGGUGGAUCAUGAUUAAUAUAGUUAUGCCCAUGUUUUGUUUCACUUUGAUGUAAAAUGCUACUAUCUAAAGCUGUAUUUAUUCCUAGAAUGUGUAGACCAAUUUCGUUACAACAUUAAUGUACUUAACUAUAGAAUUGGUGGGUUACAUAUUGUUUUAAUAAUAUAAACAAUAGUA